UUACUCUACUAAUUGUGAAGACAGACGCACGGAAGGAAGAUCCAAAUCUAGUGAGAUGGCAGCCAAGGCAAUCGUCCUUUUAUCUAUGGCCCUAAUGGCAGCUGGGCAAACGGAGUUCAACUACAACGACAAGGCAGCCACGGCCGUCAACUCCUUGGAACAGAACUCUCCCAGUUCUGGCGAGGACUUCCUCAACGACUAUCAUACUCCCAGCAACAAUGCCUUAAACUCCCAGGCCACACCCGAUGGCUAUGAUUACGUGGCUCCCAAAAACAGUCAGUUUGCCGCAGGCAGUCGAUCGGCCAGCGCCCAAGCCUCCAAUCUUCUCCAGAACGCCGCUAGUGCUGCCAACGCUGAAGCCGUCCUCCUGCCUUCCCCGCUGCCCGUGCUCCGCCAGAGCCAGGUUGAGACCCAGCCGGAGGUCUUCCCGCCCGCCAGCUAUAGCUUCAACUACGCCGUAAAUGACGAGAGUACUGGGGAUAUCAAGGAGCACAGUGAGACUCGGGAUGGCUAUGUGGUGCGAGGCUACUACAGUCUCAUCGAUCCCGAUGGUUACAAGCGUACGGUAACCUACACGGCGGAUGAUGUCCAUGGCUUCAAUGCAGUGGUGAACCGAGUGCCCUAUGCCCUAAAGACCGUAGUGAUUCCCAGCACCAGGGUAACGAAAGUGGCUCAAGUGGCUCAGGUGGCUCAGGCUACCCCUACCUUUAGCCUGGAUGAGCGCUCCAAGUCAGCUCCGAAUCCGAAGGAAUCCACCAACAACCCGGAAUCAGUGCCUGUUGGGCCAAGUUCCAGCUCCGGAGCGACCAACACUUUCGUCCAGGACAGCUAUGCCAAUGCUCCUCGUGGACUGGACGCCUCUGGCGGUCCCUAUGCCUGAGCUAUCCUAAUAGGUUACGCCGUCAUUGUGUACUCACUUAUUGUACU